UUAAGCUGCGUUCAAUUAAACGCAGCAGUUUUAUGCUUAUAAUGGUAAUAAUAAAUGCUUAUCGAUGACGAAUUCGUAUGCGUAUCGAAAAUAAUAACUUUUCCAGACGAAAGUGGUUAUUAUUAUUGAUAUGACAUUGACGUCGCGCUGAUGUUAUUAAACUUAACCUCGCGAGAAGGCUGACAAUAAUAAUAAUCGAAUUGGUUCUGAAGGAGGUGGCUCAUAAUGUUCACAAGGCGCCUGAUCUCCGGACCCAGUUUCAACUUAAUCAGGAACUGCACAAGGGAGAGUGCAUUCAGUGGAGACGAUGGGAAAUCGGCAAAGCUUACAGGGGAAAUCCUGAACAAGGAUGAUCGGAUAUUCUAUGCCAUCGGAGCCACUGAGGAGCUGCUGAGUUACAUUGGUUUAACUAAGGAGUAUGCGGUGGAAGCGCAGCACGAGUACAUCCACAAAUUGACGAGAAUCCAGACGGUGCUGAUAGAUAUAAACACAGCGAUUUCGAAGUACGACUCGAUGUCCAAGCAGAAGAUACCGAAGAAACACACGAAAGAGCUGGAGGAGUGGAAUAGCAAGUAUUCGAAGGAAUUGCCGGCGCCAGAGCUCUACAUAAUUCCAGGUGGUGGAAUAUGCAGCGCUUCGUUGCACGUGGCGAGAUCGUUGUGCAGACGAACCGAAAGGGUUCUGGUGCCUCUGGUAAGGGAAGGAGGCUUGGAUAAGGAGGCUCAAGUGUACAUGAACAGGUUGGCAGACUUCCUCUUCACUCUAUCGAGGAUUGCCAGUAAACUGGACAAGAGGACGGAGAGCAUCUAUCAGCCGCAGCCAGGGGAAACGUUGCAAGCGCAAUGAUGUCGCAUUUUUUUUUUUAUUAAUACUAUUAUUAUAGCGUAAAUUUGCAUACAUUCUUCAUGUUUUUACUAAUUUUUAUCUUCGCAAACGCGCGCCCGUCAUGUGAAACUGCCAAAAUUCGAUGUAUGUUUAUUGUAAUCGGCUAAGAACCAAAGUAGAGUACGACGUGUUAAAUUUGAUACGGUCUUAUAUUAUGUCCUUGCUAAUCUAGGGGGUGCUUCAAUUCGUUGUGUAUUGAUGUUGUUUUAAAUAAAAUAUUUAUAUUUGCUAUUGCUUCUUCA